AUGUCCUACCAAGAGCCCGCUGCGUCUGGCUACGAGCUCACAGCGGCAGAGAUUGACCCCGCACACCAUGCCAUCGUCCCCUCGGAUGACCAGCAGGACCUUGCUUUCCGCUCUAUCCGUGCCCUCGACCCGGUCGCCCUGACCCCGUAUGGGGAACUCAAGGACCAGUCGGUACGCAGGACACAAAAGGGAAUUCGACCUAUGAUCUGGACGCUUCACACCGGUCAAUGUGUCCAGGUCCAUGUCCCUUACGAUUCAUGGCGCCGUGCUACUUGCAACUCCGAAGCAGUUCGUGCAGCCAUUCAAAAGGCGUACUUAAAUCUCCUUCGCCACAAGGAAGACCCCGUAAUCGUCAAGCCGGGCAUGAUCUCCCUCAAAGUACUCUCUAAACAUGAUCCCCAGCACCGCUCCACUAUUCAGACGCUUCGACAGGGCUCGUUUGACUCCAAUUCGACCCGCGCGUCACUCGAUUCCUCUCGAUACGACUCGUCCCACCAAGCUCGUCACUCGUCACACGUCCGCUCACGGUCACAGGGUUCGCGUACGCCUCAUAGAACGCAUUCACAUCCUCAACCGAUCCCCCCAGCCCCAACGCCAAUCCCCCCACAGCCCGUCGUCAGACCAAAUGUCCUCACCAGAUUAAAUACGAGUCGGACGAUGCUGAGCAAUGCCAGUCGCUCCCAACCUGCCAGUCCAGCCCACCCCUCUCCCUACGUCUCUGUGACGCACUCUGGACAAGCACCCUACGUUCGCGUCCAGCCUGGCGGAUCGGGUGCUGCUGCGGGAUACGACCCGUAUUCGACGCGGUAUCCCACAUAUGCUCAUUAG